AAAAAAAAAAAAAAACUUGAGAAAAAAAGUUACAAAGUUGAUCCUACCUGUAGCUGGGGAUCUCAUUUUUAUACUACAUUCCACUCUCCACGCGCUUUAAAGCUCUCGAGAGGAAUCGAGGAAACAACCAAUCACAGCGAAUUUUCUCAAGAAAAUCCACAACCGGAGAAAGAAAACAUGGCGGAUCAGCUCACCGAUGACCAGAUCUCCGAAUUCAAAGAAGCUUUCAGCCUAUUCGACAAGGACGGAGAUGCAAAAUUGGAUUAUGUUGAAAAAUAUUGCUAA